CGCCUGGGCCGUCCGAUCUUAAUGCUCGCUCCGACCGUCCUCCGUGCUGCGGACAUAAACCAGAGAUAGAGAGAGAGAGAUCCCCUCGCCGUGGUCUCUCUUCCUUCCCCCACCUCCCUUCCCCCUCAGGUCACCGGCGCGGCGAGGCGGCCGCCGCUGCUGCCUCCCCCCCUCUUCCUCCCUCUCCGCGCGCUAGGGUCUGGUGGAGCGGAUUCUUCCCGGAGUCGAUCGAACUGAUUCGUUCGUAAUGGCGAACCUGCAGUCUUCCGCCUCCGAGCCCUCCUCCUUCGCAGGGGCCUCGCCGCCGUCUCCCUCCUCAAUCGGUGGAGGCGCCGGCGGCGCUGCCUCGGCGGCGCAGGAGCCCAGGAAGAUGGCGUCGGCGGAGCAGCUGGUGCUCGACCUCUGCGACCGCGAGCUGCGCGAGAACGCCCUCCUCGAGCUAUCCAAGAAACGAGAGAUAUUUCAAGACCUGGCCCCGCUUCUCUGGCACUCUUUUGGCACAAUUGCGGCACUGCUUCAGGAAAUUGUGUCGAUCUACCCUGCACUUUCACCCCCAGUUUUGUCGGCAGGUGCAUCAAACCGAGUCUGCAACGCACUUGCACUUCUUCAGUGUGUUGCAUCGCACCCUGAUACCAGAAUCCCUUUCUUACAUGCUCAUGUGCCCCUGUUCUUGUACCCGUUCCUGAAUACAUUCAGCAAGACAAGGCCUUUUGAGUACUUGCGGCUUACCAGCUUGGGUGUCAUUGGUGCUCUUGUUAAGGUUGAUGAUACUGAAGUUAUUGGCUUUCUGCUGCAAACUGAAAUAAUUCCUCUGUGCUUGCGUACCAUGGAGAUGGGCAGUGAACUGUCAAAAACCGUCGCUACCUUCAUUGUCCAAAAGAUUCUGCUGGAUGAUAUUGGACUGCGUUACGUGUGUGCCACCCCUGAGCGUUUCUAUGCUGUGGGCAGCGUUUUAGGAAAUAUGGUAAUUUCACUUGCUGAUCAGCCUUCCACAAGGUUGCUCAAGCACAUUAUCCGAUGUUACCUCAGGCUGUCAGAUAACCCCAGGGCCUGUGUUGCACUGCAUAAUUGCCUCCCUGACAUGCUGAAAGAUGGGACAUUCAACAUUUCUCUUAGGGAUGACCCCGCGACAAGGCGCUGGCUCCAGCAACUGCUGCAUAACGUGACAGUGGGCGGCAUGGGAGGACCUGGCAUGGGGGUGCCUCCCCAGCCAGGCCUGGAUCACAUGAUGGGGAUAUGACCCAGUUUAGUUGCUGCAAUUCACAACAAUAAUAGAGUCUCUUGUGAAAUGCAGGUAGGGGAAGAUUAUCUUCCCUCAGCCGUCUAGAGGUAGGCUGUGCGGUGUCGGUGUAGUUUCAACCUUCCGGAAAAAGGAAAUGUUGUUUGUGUGUGUGUGUUUGUGGAAACAUCAACAGCAGCUCAAACUGGUUUGCUUAUCCUGUAAUACUGGGAACACAAGCAAAGCAAAGCUGUUUUCUGGGGGUUUUUUUA